AAUGAGCACAAGAGCAAGUAUACUAAGAGAUAAGGAUGAAGAAGAGAGAAUUGAAAGAUACUUGAUUAGAAAUCCAUCAUUUUUGGAUAAGUUUGUUUCCAAAAAUGCUAAUUCAGAGAGAAUCGAUGCAUGGAAAGAGACGAAAAAACGUCCUAGUAGAAGGAUAAGUUUAGGAUCUCAACAGAAUGAUAUUCGUAGGAAAUUCUUUGAAUCGGCAAAAUAUAUUACUGACUCUGCAGAUUCCGUUAAUUUUCUUCAUAGAUUAGGAGAAACUCUAUCUCAGAUUUUCUCAGCUGACGGUUAUAACGCCUAUCCUUAUGAUGAUGGAAAUCAAACAAUAUAUUUUUCAUCACCUAAUAGAGGAAAUAAAGCUAAUAGCUUACUAUCUUGGAGAAUUGAGCCAGGUGGAAAUAUUGCCGCUUAUUCAGCAUUUAAAAAUCAAGUUAUUAGAGUAAACUGUUCAAAAGAUCUACAAAUUGAUGAAAACUUUCCGGAGGGUUUAAACAGUAAUAUUUGCGAUGAAGAAGAAACUUCAAUUCUAACAUGUCCAAUCAUAAAUAUUGAAGAAUCUCAAUUAAUUGGUGUAAUAGAAAUUUAUCGAAUAUCCUUAAAUUUCCCUUUUACGGAAACUGAGGAAAAUUUUUUAACUACUAUUAGCUAUCAAUCGGAUAUGCUAUUCUACGGAUUUGAGUUAAAACGUCUUCAAAGGCAACAGGAUAAACUAAACAAGUUUACGAUAUCUACAAUUAAAUCGUUAUAUAAUGAGAAAUUUCCAAUAGACGAUGUACUGAAUAAGAUUUUGAGAAUAUCUAAGGAAUUAUUAGGUGCCGAAAAAUCGCUUAUAUUUCUUGUAGAUCAAAAGAAUAAUGAAGUUUAUAGUAAAAAUUUUGAAGAGUUUACAAAUGAAACUCAUAAAGGUUCAUUAGAAAUUCGAUAUUCAGCUGAUGUUGGUUGUAUUGGUUGGACAGUUAGAAAUGGUAAAAUUUUAAAUAUAACGGACACAAUUCAAGAUUCUAGGUGUAAUGGAUCAAUGAACGAUGACCUAGAUUUUAAUAUUAAAACAACACUUUGUUGCCCAAUUAUCAUAAGGAGAAGGACCAUUGGCGUUCUUCAACUUAUUAAUAAAAUUGAUGGAAGAUUCCUUAAAGAAGAUGAGAAUUUAAUUGAAAAUAUUAGCACUUGUUGCGCUCUUACUUUACAAUACGCAAAGAUAAUUGAUAAGUUUAAUUCGUUAAAAUUAAGGAAUCAGAUAGCCUAUGAUACGCUUCAUUAUCAAGUAACAGCAACUCCAGAAGAGAUAGAAAGUCUAAGAAAAGAAAAGAUACCUGAAUCUUUUCCAGUACUUACAAAAUUCGAUUUCUCUCCCUGGUCGAUAAAGAGUGAAAAACGUCCUGUCAUAGUGUUGUUCAUGUUUAAAGAAUUAAUGGUCAUGGUUCAGAAAUCGAGACCGGAUAUGAAGUUUAAUUUACAAACAAUGAUGAAGUUUGUUCUUACCGUUAGAAAACACUAUCGAAAUAUACCAUAUCAUAAUUGGGCUCAUGCAUUUAGUGUUGCUAAUGCCGCAUAUAGCAUCUUAAAGUCUACUUCUCAUCAGUUUAGACCUUUAGAGGUCAUGGCUAUUUAUAUAGCUUGUCUAUGUCACGAUGUUGAUCAUCGAGGAUACACAAAUCAACAUCUAGUUAAUAGAAAAGCUCCUCUUGCCCUAAUGUACCCAACUAGUACAAUGGAACAACAUCAUUUUCAACAAACAACAGUUAUUUUGCAGUAUCCGGAGCAUAACAUAUUUGAAUAUUUUACUCCUGAUGAAUACGAAGAAGUCCUACUUAUAAUGAAACAUUGUAUUUUAGCUACAGAUUUGGCUUUGUAUUUUGGUAAUAGGGCGAAAUUAAGAGAGAUUUAUGACUCUGGAAAGUUUGGCUGGAACGAUAGACAAAGUAGAAAUCUUACAAUGGCUAUUACUAUGACAACUUCGGAUUUAUGUAACAUGUAUAAACCGUGGUCCUUACAAUUACAAUUGGUCUUUGUAGUUAUGGAAGAAUUUUGGAAUCAAGUAAUACCUUAA